CGUCAAAAUUUUGUCACCAGCGCCACUCAGACUCAUCCCGUCGCCACUACUGAGGCUGAGGAGUAAGCAGCCGAUCACUCAGAUCUUCAAACGACAACUUCAUAGCUUUUUUUGUUUUUGUUUUUGGUGUUUCAAUGAAACCCUAACAGAGUGAAGCAAAACGAGAAACCGUUAAGAAAGGAUUGAGAAAAUCAUAGACAAUGUCAGUUGCAGCUCCAAACCUGUUCACUAAUUCACGCUCUCAUCUCCUAUUCUAUACGACGAAUUUCCAUGGCCGUUCUCUGAAGACCUCUGCUUUCGCUAUCCCGACAAUUUCCUCCAGGCCUAUCGAAAACCCAUUGCAUUUCGAAAUCCUUGGGGACAGAGCUUUGCAGAAGAAAUUCGAACCCUUUGUGACUGAUCGAUGGCGUCUCAGAGCUUUUGAAUCCGGCGAGCCCCUUCCCAGAGAGGGCUUCGAUAACCUUAAUUUGGACUCCUUCCUCUGUAUUGCUGAAGUGUUGUGUCUGGUUCCUUCGGCUGCUCUUUCAAUUGGAGUUGCUGUGAAUUGGGCGUUUUCUAGCUCGCAGAAGUCGAUUCAGUUGUCAUUGGUUAAUCGGGUUAUAGUUUGGCAGCUUGUUCUAUUGGUGGGUGCCGUUGCCAUCGGAGCUCUGAUUCGGAGUAGACAAUGGAAGAGGAUUUGUAGGGAUUCAUUUAAGUCGGGUUCUGCGAGUUUCAAUCUCAUUGAGAGAAUUGAGAAGCUGGAGGAAGAUAUUCGGAGCUCGGCAACAAUUAUACGGGUGCUGUCGAGGCAGCUUGAGAAGUUGGGCAUCCGGUUUAGGGUUACUAGGAAGACAUUGAAAGAGCCCAUUACUGAGAUGGCGGCUUUAGCUCAGAAGAAUUCUGAGGCAACUCGAGCUUUGGCUGCGCAAGAAGAUAUUCUUGAAAAGGAGUUGGGUGAAAUUCAAAAGGUCUUGUUGUUAAUGCAGGAACAACAGAAAAAACAGCUUGAGCUAAUUCUUGCAAUUGGGAAAGCUGGGAAGCUGAAGGAAAGCAAGCGAGAGACUGUUGCCGAGGAAGAGCCAAUGGAGCCGUUUCGCCCAGUUUUGGAAGGGGUAAAACAGGUGGAAAUUCAAACUGGGGUUAGACACAUGGGAACCAAUAAUGACAAACCCUAGGACUUUUGGAACAAGAGAUUCUGAAUGAAGGAUGGGCUUACCAUGCAUGACCGAGAAAAUGUAAAUUGUUCGACAUUGUCUGGUUUAUAUUGACAGUGGUCUGUAGUGGCAAGCAGUGUAUUUGCGUUGGUGGGAGGCUAUUCCCUCCCAAUUAAAGAGAAGUUGAAGGUUGAUUGAUGGGCUGGCCAUUGCAAAGGAGAUGAUGGAAAAGAAGGUUGUUGUCAUUCCACAUUUAAGUCAAUAACUGCAGGGCUUCGGACACCAAAGCUUCAUGUAAUUUAAGUCAUUGUAACUUAUUCCUCUAUUUCCCACCUUAAUGGGUUCUACUCAAGGCAUUGCUGAUAAAUUUGAUAUGAUAUCAAGCACUCAAGUUCUAUG